AUGCAGCCUCACCAAAUCCCACGCUCCGGAUCUUCUCAUCGACCGACGUAUCUGCAAAUCUUCAACCUGUCGACCAGGCGCGAAAGAAGCACUACGCGCCACUUAUCCCAAAGUCUUGCGCCCUGCCCAACGACCACCACUCACAAUUACGCGCCAGUGCAAUUCCACAGUACGAAUGCCUCACGGACCAUGUUCAUGAACCUAGAAUCGUUGCAGUACGACAACUUUCUACUCGAUUUCUUCGGUAUUAGAGGCCGCGUUCAUCUACCACAAAUUGUUCCGUCCUCUGACGCCUCCGCCUAUGGCGCACUUUCCACCGGAAGUCUUGCGGGUGUGCCCAUCAUGGGUUGUCUGGGAGAUCAAUCCUCUGCCCUUGUCGGCCAAAAAGGGUUCUCCCCAUCCAAUAAUGCUUCAAGUCUAGUAGUAGAGUUGUUGCAACUUUACUUGCGCUUUCACAGCUAG